GCCCUUGCUUCUGUGGAGUGCCCACCGGGGCACCAGAGACACCGCUCCUUUUUAAGAAAGACCUGGCGUGCCCUCGGUCGAACGAUCAUCUGGGUUGGGAGGCUCUUGAAAGCUUUUUGGUUUCGGUCGCCCCAACGCAGAGCCCUAUGUCCGGCCCGCCGCCCGGGCAAAGCAGCAAAGCAGCAACUGGACGAUGCACUUGGCUGCCAAGCCGUCGCAGCUGAUCGGCCGAGUCCCGCGCCGAGCCUGGCGCUGGAUCAUUCGCGUCGCGCUUCUUGCGCUUCUGGUUCCCGUGCUGCUGCAGUGGGUCAUCGCCUACAUCGUCGGCAGUGACGCCCGGAUCCUACCGCCGCAGCUUUUGGCUGCCAAAAACCUACUGAUCGUGACGGCACACCCCGACGAUGAGUGCCUCUUCUUCUCGCCGAGCAUCCUGGGGGUGCUGGACAGGAACAGGGCCAUCACCGGCGGGCUGUUGGUAAUGUCGACUGGGAACAACUAUGGACUCGGCGACGUGAGGAAAAAGGAACUUCAGGGCUCAUGCAAGGCCUUGGGAAUCCAUUCGGAGAGAUGUGUCGCCAUGGACCACCCGGAGUUGCAAGACAACCCGCGGGUUUGGUGGAACACUGAGCUCAUCGAAAGCAUCGUGCAUGAGCACGUGAAGAAGUGGCAGAUCGAUGCGAUAUUGACAUUUGACGAGGGCGGAGUCUCUGGCCAUCUGAACCACAGAGCGGUCAGCGCAGCCGUGAGGAACUACGCCGCAACAAAUCCUGAUGCGCCCGCCGCGUUCACACUGACGACAACGUCGCUGCUGCGGAAGUACACAUUCCUCGGCGACCUGCCGCUCACUGCGCUGCCCUUUGCAUGGCGCAUCCUUGGCGCACUCUCCUACCCCGCGACCACGGCCGAUCCCAAGGACGGCACGCGCGCGCUCGUUGCCAACACCUGGAACCGUUAUCUCAAAACACGCCAUGCCUUCGCUCAACACCCUAGCCAGUACACAUGGGACCGCCAUUUGUACAUGGUCGUCAGCCGGUACGUGUGGUUCAACGACCUCAAACGGGUUGAGCGCGCUGCCCCCCACGCAGCGCAGCGCACACAUAACUAGCAGUCAGCCAUAUGCACGGAAUCAUGUACGGGAUAUACUAGUAUAGCAAAUACACAAUAAUGUUAAUGAACGCCAGUACAAAU